AUGUCUGCUGCCGAAACUGCAAACAACGGCGCUCUGGAGAAGGAUGUUGGUGGCAUUGUGCCCCAGCAGACUGCCGAUGGCACCUCCCCAGUUCAGCCUCAGAUGUCCACUCACGAGCACGAGGUCGCUCGCGCCGCUGCUCGCUUCGGCUAUGGCCCUCUGGCCCAUGUCAACACCGCUGAUGCUCCUCUCCGCCCUUUCGGUGGUGAGUUCCAGCCCGGUCUGUACAAGCCCGUGGUCGAUCGCAAGUUCGGUAACCCUGCUCCACUGGGCCUGUCUGCUUUCGCCCUCACCACUUUCGUGCUGAGCAUCAUCAACAUGCAAGCCGAUGGUAUCACCCAGCCCAACAUUGUCGUUGCUCUGGCCUUUGGUUAUGGUGGUCUGGUUCAAUUGCUGGCUGGCAUGUGGGAAAUGGCCGUUGGUAACACUUUCGGUGCCACUGCUUUGUCUUCUUACGGUGGUUUCUGGCUCUCGUUCGCGAUUGUUUUGACUCCCGGCGGAUUUGAAAUUGAAGAAACUUUGCUGGGCAAGGGUACCGAGCAAUUCUACUACUCCUUCGGAAUUUUUCUUAUGGGCUGGUUCAUCUUCACCACCGUCAUGCUCUUCUGCACCCUUAAGUCGACCGUCGCAUUCUUCCUGCUCUUCUUCUUCCUGGACCUGACCUUCCUCCUGCUCGGUAUUGCCUACCUGCAGGGUGGCGGUGCUGGAACAAACCUCGCUGUUCAGAAGGCAGGAGGCUUCUUCGGACUCUUGGCUGCCUUCGCUGCCUGGUACAAUGCUCUUGCCGGUAUUGCCGACACCAGCAACAGCUUCUUCAUUCUUCCCGUUAUCCACUUCCCUUGGUCCCCCACUGGCCGUAGCCGCCGUGACAAGAGCGAGCGGGAGAUGGCUUAA